AUGCUCGCCCUCGCUCUUCUCGCGACGCCCUCAACCGCCGCCUCUCGCCCCCGUCCGCGGCGCGGGGGGGCACUCACCGACACGCGCAACCGCACCGACUUCAGCAUCAAGCUCGAGACCGACGCGCCGACGCUCGCCCUCGCGGCGUCUGCCUCGCGCAAACCCAACAAGGCCGCGGGGCUCCUGCUCCACCAAGACCUCGCCUCCUUUGGCGAGGCCAAGACUGGCGACGCUUCGCUCGCCGACCCCGCCGUCAACUCCGUCGGUCUCACGUGCGGCAGCGGCGGCGCCCCUGUGUGGUGCGCGGAGCCGCCGCACCGGCAGCCGCUCACCGAGCUCUGCGUCUCCGAGGAUCCGAUCAAGGCCUCGGGCUCCACGAGCAACGAGACGGUCUGCACGACCGCCACGGCCCACUCCAAGGGCGAGGCCGACGAGACGGACACAAAGAACAAGCCUGACCCGGGCUCCACGACGGCGGACUACACGACCGCCACGGCCCACUCCAAGAUCGAGAUCGGGAUCGGUAAGACCUACCCGACUACCUCCAAGCUCAACAUCGGCGCCUACGCCGAGCUCGCCCCCUUAUUUGACGAGACUUCCGGCGCGAUCAAGAUCGGCGACCCCUCACUCGAGGAGAGCUUCACGACCGCCACGCCCCUCCCAGAGAUCGAUGUGGCCUCGCCGCUCUUUCUCCGCUCUUGUGCGGCCGUGCUGGCGCUGCUCCUCGCGGCGUGCCUUGAGCCGCUGGUCAAGAAGAAGAGGGUGGAGGGCCGCAGCCACGCAGCGAUCUCCGUACCCUUGCUCGCCAGCACGCGUGCUCUCCGAGUUAUUGGCAUUGUGAUCCUCUUCCUCCUGCAGGGCGUAUGCGGCACCCCAGCGGCACCGCCCGUCAACGUCAGCAGCCCGUGCUCGCUCACGAACGGCGGCUGGUGCGCCGCGUCGCCAAACUACCCGAACAGCUACGGCAACAGCGAGGAGUGCACCAUCAGCGGCGUGCCGCCGGUCGAGCUGGAGACGGUCGCCUUUGAUGUGGAGCGAUGCGGCAGCUGCGGUUGUGACUACCUCACCGUCAACGGCAUAACGUACUGCGGCACCUCGGGGCCGAGUGGUGCGGUGGCGGAGGACGGCGUCAUUAAGUGGCGAUCGGAUGGCUACAGCGAGGACCAGCUCCGCAACCUGAUCGAGGAGGCUACUGUUACUGCUGCCAACGUCUCCAUCUACCUGCCGCCCGGUGCAGAGUUCAAGCUGAGCAGCCAGAUCAGCUGCACCUCCACCAUCAAAGUGACCGUCGCGAGCAGCGGCGAGGGCGCGACGCUCGACGGCAAGGGAGAGACCAGGCUCUUUAAAUUGCGGGGCGGCUGCAGCCUCACCGUGCGGGGGCUGACCCUCGUCAACGGGAGGGCGGGCAGCGGCGGCGUUGUGUACGCAAACGGCGCAGGCGACGUCGAGAUCAUCGACUCGACCGUCAGGGACUGCUCGGCUCCUGGCGCUGUCGGCGGCGUCGUCAAUGCGUUUCGCAGCGGUGCGGUCUCGAUAACCAGAUCGACCGUGUCGGGCUGCUCUGCUCGAGUCGGCGGCGUCGUCAAUGCGUUUCGCAGCGGUGCGGUCUCGAUAACCAGCUCGAACGUGUCGGGCUGCUCUGCUGGCAGGACCGGCGGCAUCGUCUACUCGGUGGUCAGCGGCGCGGUCUCGAUAACCAGCUCGAACGUGUCGGGCUGCUCUGCUGGCAGGUCCGGCGGCGUCGUCUACGCGGAGGGCAGCGGCGCGGUCUCGAUAAUCGGCUCGACCGUGUCGGGCUGCUCUGCUCGAUCCGCGGUCGGCCUGCAGCCCAAGUUCAAGGUCGUCGUCAGCUUCUACCAGGUCGUCAGCAUCCUCGGCCUCGUCUACGGCGUCCGCCUCGACGAGCACUUUACGCGCUGGCUCGACGUGCUCAAGCUGUUCAGCCUGGACAUGUUUGGCGUCGCCAUCCCCGGCAGCUGCAUCGGAGCCAUGAGCACGCGGCUGCUUGUCGCGGGCACCUGGCCGUACGCCGCCGUCGCCUUCGUGUCGCUCGCCAUUGUGGUGGCGGCGGCGGUCCUCAACAACAAGCAGGCAUUCGACCGCCAGCUGCUUGGCCGCCUCCUUUACUGGGCGAUCUUCAUCUUCUACCUGGUGCUUCCCUCCGUCUCGCGCUCCAUCUUCAGCGCGAGGCUGUGCGAGUCCUUUCGCUACGACGACGCGACAGGCCAGCGCAUCAGCUUCCUGUUCGCCGACCCGUCGCUCACGUGCGACGCCGGCCCUACGUGGGAAGACGAGGCGAGCGGACUCGCACCGUACUUUUGGGCCUUCUUCGCCCUCUGGCCCGUCCUCGUGCCGCUCGGCUUCUUGGCGCUGCUGCUCCGCGUCCGCAAGCCCGUGGCUGCGCAGCGCGCAACGCCGCUCUCUCGCGCAACGAGCUUCCUGUGGCGGGACUACUCUGGCCGCUUCCUCUUCUGGGAGGUGCUCGACCUGGUCCGUAAGAUCUUCCUCACCUCGAUGGUCCUCUUCAUCGACCAGGAUUACGGCUCCCGCAAGCUGCUGCGCACCGUGGUCGCCGCCAUCGUCUCGGCCAUGUUUCUCGCUCUUCUCGCGCUCGCCCGACCUUACCGGCGCUCCGACGACCUCUGCCUCGCGUGCAUCGCCAACCUGCUCCUCACAUGCUGCUUCGCGUCGGGAGUGGUCAUCCAGCUGUGCGACACCACUAUGCACGACAUGUGCUACACCCUCGUUGGCUACAAGACCUCGCGCAGCGCCACCACCUUCGUCGUCGUCCUCACCGCGGUCAUGCUCGCUAUCUCGCUAGCCGUCAUCGUUGUAUUGGCGGUCAGCGCCUCGAGGGCGAAGACCAUGCGGCUCGCCUCUUCGAUGCGCGAGCCGAUGCGCGACGGCAUCACCCUCGCCGACGGCCAGGAGUGGCACCUCUUCCUUAGCCACGUCUGGAGCACGGGGCAGGACGCCGUCGCCGUCAUCAAGAACGAGCUGCAGCAGUUCCUGCCCGGCUGCGAGAUCUUCCUCGACGUCGACGACCUCAAGAACAUCGGAGAGCUGGAGGCGUGCAUUCGUCGCUCGCAGGUCGUGCUCUGCUUCCUGUCGCGGGGCUACCUGCGCUCGACGAACUGCCUGCGCGAGGUCCGCGCCGCGCUGGAGAUGGGCAAGCCGCUCGUGCUCGUCCACGAGGCAGACCCGGACAAGGGCGGAGGCACGCUCGCCGAGCUGCGAUCCGAGUGCCCCGAGGAGCUGCGGGCCGCCAUCUUUGACGCCGGCUGGCCGAUGGCGGUGUGGCAUCGGAUCGAGGCCUUCCAGCACGUCUCGCUCAAGGUCAUCGCCGAGGCGCUGCUGCUGAAGACGCCAAAGUUCGCGGGCGAGGACGAGCUGCCCCUGUGCAUCCCGGGCGAGGUCCGAGCCGACGACCUCGCCUUCCCCAAGCCGGUGGUUCUCUGGGCCUCGACUUUGAACGCCGGGGCGCGAGAUCUCGCCGAUGCGGUCGCGGCGGCCGUGGCGGGCGGCGUCUCGAUCACCGACGCAACGCCCUCGCGCCUCUCCUCGCUGCCUCGCUCGAGCGACAGCGGCGGCGGCGACGAGGCGACGCACAUGCUGCUUUACCUGAACAGGUCGACGUGGGCCGGCGAUGGCGGCGAUGCGCUCGCAGAGCAGGUGCGCGCCGCGCGCCGCGCCAGGCUGCCGAUCGUCAUGGCGCACGAGAACGACGCUCUCUGCGGCGGCUGCAUCUUUGGGCACUUUUUCGAGGUGACGCCGCGCGACCUGAUUGCCGAUGGGCUGUACUACGACCUCGCCGUCGGUUGCCACUCGGGCCCGCACCGGCAGGUGUCGCUCGCCCUCCUCGCACAGGCGCUCGGCGCGACCAAGCAGACGGCUCAGUCGCGCGUGCGCCGCGCCACCGCGCUCGCUCUAGCGAUCCGCGGCCCCUCUACACAAACGGAGCCGUCGAACGACGACGACGUUGUGGAAGCGUCAGCGACGCAGGACCGCCAGAUCGUCUGA